UACCAAACUAAUAAGACAAGAAUUUAAUGUUAAUAGCAUAUACAGUCAAUGGUUAAUACUCACAGCAAUUAUGAUAAUGAAGCCACAUUUUAUAUAAUUUUACUUGAAUAACACCAUCUUACAUAUUGGAAGCUUUUUCUUUCAUCGUGUGACCAUAAAUGAUUAAUUUACAGUCACAAUUAACUCAUCCCGUGCCAGCUGCGGCUAUGCGCACGGAUACUCACACCCGUGUAUGUUCCAAAAAGAAAAUCAUGACACACAAGAAAUAUCUGAAAAAUUGCGAAAUAACAGGUUGUUUAAGUACACGGGUUUAACCUUCAGCGCGUCCGCGCGCUCCGCCCGGUCCUGCACACUUUACGACACUGUUGUUAAUGGGUUUAGAUGGAGCGUAGGGCGGUGGCCGUGAAUGAAUGAUCAAAGCGGCUUCUGGAGGCUUGGUGGGCGGUGCGUGCUCUGUAUUUACACCGAGCCGCUCCGCCCUACGACGCGAGAUAGAAAACUGUCUGUGGGCCGGAGGGAUGAAACAAGUGGAAGGAGAUGUAGCCGACAGGCACAGUUUAAUUACUCCACCACACGCACUACACCUCGUCGGCUCCACCGCUCUUUUUCUCGGUGCGCCGUAGCAUCACCACCAUCAUCAGUUUUUGCAUAACAGGUCGAGCGAUCGCUUUGCGCUGCUGCGUCGGAGCUUCAUGGCCGCAGCACUCACGAUGAGCGGCGGCGUGCAGGAGGAUCCCUUCUACCCGCUGCAGAAGGCGGCUCUGCCCGCUGGAUUCCCCCUGGACGAGUCGGCGCUGUUCGGCUUGGAUUGCAAGAUCGCCGAAUCGGACAAGGGUGGACAGCAUGACUACGCACAGGCAAAGUGUGAGAUGGACAGGUAUCUCUCCCCCCAGCCCCUUCCUCUUCAGCCAAGUCCUGCAGACAGCCAGCAGAAGUCACACAGAAACGGUUCAUCUGCCGUGGAUCAGUACUUCGCUGACGAUCACACCGGGGCUCCAUACACCCUCAACAUGAAUGUUUACCUCCCAGACGUCGCCUACUUGAGGAUGGGCUUGUGUCAGCAAGUGAGGCCGCCUCAGCACCAGAGCCACGCAGGUCUCACUCAAAUCAAAACAGAAUCUGCCUCCUCGUGUUUCUCCCCCAACCUGCAGCCUCACUGCCCCAACGCUACAUCCGCGAGUAGCUGUGGCACAUCCGGGCACGGCCCUGGCGGCAUCGCCAUGGAAACCUCCCCGGUAAACAUGUCAUUAGCAGGGUUACCAGACUUCUCCAGUGUUUUCAACCAGUCGGGAGGCGAUUCAGUGCCAGAAGUGUUUGUCAAACAGGAAAUGUCACCGCAGUUCGAGCAGCACGCUCUCCACCACCAUGACAACGGUGGCUCGCUGUUCCAGCUCCUGAGCUCCGGCUUGGAUCAUCACCAUGGCAGUGGUAUGGAGGCUCAGCAUCAGCAUCAUCAUCACCAUCAGCAGCAGCAGCAGCAGAUACAACACACUUCCACGACCACAAUCCACGCGCCUUUCCACGAUUUGCCAGUAGCUUCCUCCACUUCUCAACAAGAGCAAACCUCCAAGCCUGCUUACCGCAGCCUGGGUGCCGCUGUGUACACGCAUCCUCACUCUCAGGCGCACCCACAUUUUCUCCAGCAGCAGCAGCAGCAGCAGCAGCAGCAGGUGCCCUACCUGCCGCCCUCUCCGCCAAACUCAGAGCCCGGCAGCCCCGACAGGCAGAAGGAGCUGCUCCACACCAUGUCCCCUCCUCCCUCAUAUGCAGCAACUAUUGCCUCCAAGCUGGCAGGUAACACACCGGGACUCGGACCUGGCUCGGGACCCGGCAGCUUAGCCCUCCCCCUCGCUGCGGGCCCCACAUCAGUCCCAGGCCCAUCCGCGGUCCUUCCCCAAGCCCCUGCAACCACCUCAGUCCCAACCCCGACGCAGAACACCGUGACUGUUCGCUACAACCGGAGGAACAACCCUGACUUGGAGAAGCGGCGGAUCCAUCACUGUGAUUACCCAGGCUGCAAGAAGGUCUACACCAAGUCGUCCCAUCUGAAAGCCCACCUCAGGACUCACACAGGUGAGAAGCCAUACAGGUGUACGUGGGACAGCUGCGACUGGCGCUUCGCCCGUUCGGACGAGCUGACGCGCCAUUACCGGAAACACACGGGCGCCAAACCCUUCCAGUGCGCCGUCUGCUCUCGCUCCUUUUCCCGGUCCGACCACCUCGCCCUGCACAUGAAGAGGCACCAGAACUAGCAACACUUACGUGCACACACACGCGCAUACACACACACACAUGCUACAGAUGUACAAGCACUAUCUCCACACCCACAAAGACACUCGCCCUCACACGACUACGACAACGUUACAAGCCGCCUGCUGCACAGCGGCUUCCGCUGACAUCACAGCUCCUCCUGGUGCUGCUAUCGUGUGCUAAAAGCGGUACGAUGGCCUAACAAACAUGUUGCUCUUAACCUGAAGUGGGACAAAUUGGAGCUUGUAAAGUAGGAAGCUAGAGGCCAGGAGACGUUCCUGGCCCAUUAACCUCCACAUAUACCUUCUUGGUAUAGGUUUCUUAGGACAAAUACAAAAAAGAAAAAUGAAAAUGGUAGCUCCAGAUUGUGUUUCCAGUCCAUUUGGACUCUUGUGUGACUGGAAAGAAAGCACUUAAAACAGUAUCUUUUGUCCUUAUUCUAACAUAGAACUGGCUUCUUUUUUUACAAAAAAAAAAAAAAAGAAAGAAAGAAGAAACUUUUGUUUGCAAAUCUAGUAAAGCCAAAACUUUGUUUACUCAUUGGUUUGUUCUUAUAACUGGAAAAUCCAGAUUUGAUUUUUUAUUAUUAGCCAAAUCCUUAGGUUUUGCACUAGAAUCUGUGAUCUCCGCCUUUUUUUUUUUGGCACAUGUAUCUCAUUCACCACUGGAACGACGAUUAUCACUGCUGGACUGGAUCUCUGUGAACGCUACACACAAAUCGUUGCUGUUCGGAUAUUAAAAAUUGAAGGGAUUUGUACUCCGGAGAGAGGCAAGAUAGAACACGGGGAGAAAACACUAGAGCGAGGGAGAGAGGGGUGGAGACGGAGAGAUAGAAAGAUUUUUGAUUUUAUAGGGAGGAGAUCUGAGGACGACUGAGGAACAGAGGGAGGUGGAUGGAUGCUAAAGAGCAGCACUUAGGUGAUGAAUUAUUCAGGUUGCCUUUCGAUGGAUUUCAAACCGGAGAAAUGUAAGCAGAACCCAUAGACGAAACCUCGACUGCAUUCGGUUAAAACAGAUUCCACUGUAUUUGAUGCACAAGCUUGAAUUAAGCCUCUUCAAAUGACUCUACGCCAAUCUCAUCCAGCGCUUGACUUCGUUUAAAUCGUUUAACCAAAGCAUCAUCUUCGACACCUUAUUAAGUGCCUCCUUCUCUGGUUCACGUGUUUUUGUUCUGUGGUAGCUGAGCUGUGAUCAGUGUAGUUUUAAACACACAUGGUGCUUUUUGUUAUUUCUUAAUCUAUUGAAUCGCUAGACUCAGUUUGGAAAAACAAAGUCAACUUCAUUGUAACGUAACAGCUCGGCUCUGGCCACCUCACGGACAUCCUGACAUUUGUGUGGAACUUUUUUUUUUUUUAAUUAAAGUGACAGUCAGUCCUUUUCUCAGUGGGGUUUCACUAUCUGACGAUGUACACAACUAACUUGCAGCUUGGCUCUAUCAGUCAAUCGAACGUGGACACGUGUUUUGUUAAAGGAUGGGUUCACUCAGUGCUCAAAGUGGGGGGAAAAAAGUACCAGUACUCUCCUUAUUCACAAAUUGGCGUCAUCCAGUUAUUAGGUCCUACCUUCUGACCUGCUACAAUGAGUGACUUAUAGUACAAAAUAUUUCAGAUGUUCAUGGGAGGAAUUUUAUGUAAUCCAAGCAAUUACCAUUUCAGCUGUCAUAGUAUUAAUGAUUGACUGUUUACAGUAGUUUUAAUGUUUGGUGCAAUGAAGCCCACAAUGCCCAAGGUGUAUUACAGUUAUGGCAAAAUCCCUGGAUGCUCAUGCUCAUGAUGUCGAUUUAAAUACGGUCAGCGCGGUUAUUAUGUCCGUAGCUGAUUCAUUGCCCAUGAAAGGCAGUUUUUUGGCUUUAAUCACGCCAUAAACACCCAAGCUGGCAGGUGUGCACCUCUGUAGAUCAAGCACAUAGUUUGAAGUCUGACAAAGACGGAUUGUUAGUGGAUUUUUGUCAUUUCAAGAAUCUCUCAAGAAUACAGCUGCCUCGCGGGUGAUCCAGAUGUCCCUCGGACUGCCUACGCUACCUUUUGUGUGUGUGUGAAGUUGGCUAGAGUUUGACUUUUGGAGCUCUGUCGUGUCAUCUUCUGCCUCCAUCUGCGUUCUCACUGUGCCAUUUUGUAUACUAGGCCAGCGUUUGUGUUGGGUUCAUUUAAUGUUAUGCACACGGACAUAGGUGAUUCCCAAGUAGCGCCAUGUCCUGCUUGAAUAUUGUGUUAGUUUUGGGCCAUUGUGAAUCACACAUUGGACUUUUUGACCAACAGUAAACCAGUUGUUUGCACUUACAGGGCAUUUCAACCAACAAAAAGGGGUGAUUUGAUACCUAGGUUUACUAGGUUUAGGUAUGUUGGAGGAAUUGUGUGUUUGCCUGGUCGUCCUAACAAAGCCCUGCUGCUAAAUUUAGGUUGAAGCUCAAAGGUUUGGUUUCCAGAACUUGAUGAACUAGGGCCCAAAUGGGAAGUGAACAUGUUCUCUGUUGGACAGGAAGUCCCCUCAGAGAACCUGAUGUGGAAAGAGUACUGACUGGCAGCUUGUGAGAAGUUCUGGUUUGCAAGAAGACACCAAAGAGUCUAAUGAAAGGCUUCCCACACACUUCGAGCACCGGGUUUCUAUUAGUUUUUGUCUUUGAAAGGUCCAUUUAAGAUUUUGUCAUUAAAUUUUCUGGUUAGAUGUUUUAUCCCCCAUAUUUAAAGCCGAAACCUCUCUGAGAAGCGAUUUCAUGAACAACUAACUCUUCCAAUGUACAGAACGUAUGUUUGAACAAAGUGUGAACCUAUCCUUUAAUAUCCACCUGAAUGUCCAGUGGAUGGUGUGAUUUAGCCUGCACCUAUAACUGUAUUUGUUCAUUCACUGCAGGUAGCGUAAAGAUAAUAUAGCACUGUAAUGUAUCAUGGUAAAUCUGACUAUUUAUUUGAUUGUGUAGAAGUGGGGGUUGUAUCACAUCAGCCGUCUUUUCCCCAGCAAAAAUGCCUUAAUGUAAAUAUAUGCACUGUAAAUACUUAUUUUGUUUUUUUUUUGUUGUUGUUUUUUUUCUUCCUCUUUUGUUAUGAUUUUGUAAACAAUAGGGCAAAAAGAGGAAAAUGCCCCGCAUCCAAAAAUAUUUGAGCCUUUUUUUUUGUUGUUGUUGUUGUUCCUUUGGUUUUCUUGUCAAAACUAUUUUGAUGCCAUCGUUUUAUAUAUUGUCCUUCCAACAACUUAUUUUGUAGAUUAUUUUUUUUUUCUUCCAUGGUAAACGUUCCAAAGACAAAAGUUGUUUUUUCUUCAACUGAGUGAAGCCGAUGCUAAUAAAGUCAACUGACACUUUUACAAACGUG